CGCCCCAUAGAGACGCACGGGGGACGCAGUGCGCGCGGCGCCGUGUGGCAGCGGGGAGCCCGGCGCAUCUCUAUGGCAGCGGGCGCCGCGCUGCCGGCCGGGUGCUGAGGGGACCCGCCGUGUGUCCGGCGGCCGGAGGAUGCCCCUGUCCGCGUACUGCGUCCUGCGGGCUGUGGGCAGGGGCAGCUACGGGGACGUGAGCCUGGUGCGGCACCGGCAGGACGGCAAACAGUAUGUCAUCAAAAAGUUAAACCUGAAGCAGGCGUCCAGCCGGGAGAGGAAGGCAGCGGAGCAGGAGGCACAGCUGCUAUCCCAGCUGAAACACCCCAACAUAGUCGCCUACAGGGAGUCCUGGCAGGGGGAAGAUGGACUGCUGUAUAUCGUUAUGGGCUUCUGUGAAGGAGGAGACCUGUAUCACAGACUCAAGGAGCAGAAGGGCAAACUUCUGCCAGAAAAUCAGGUGGUAGAAUGGUUUGUCCAGAUUGCCAUGGCACUGCAGUACUUACAUGAAAAACACAUUCUUCACAGAGACCUUAAAACUCAAAACGUUUUUCUGACAAGAACAAAUAUAAUCAAAGUGGGUGACCUGGGAAUAGCCAGAGUGCUGGAAAACCAGUGUGACAUGGCCAGCACUCUCAUAGGCACUCCGUACUACAUGAGCCCCGAGCUCUUUUCUAACAAACCCUACAACUACAAGUCUGAUGUUUGGGCUUUAGGCUGCUGCGUCUAUGAAAUGGCCACACUGAAACACGCCUUUAAUGCUAAAGACAUGAACUCUUUGGUUUAUCGAAUCAUUGAAGGAAAGCUGCCUCCCAUGCCGAAGGAUUACAGCCCACAGCUGGUGGAAAUAAUACAAACCAUGCUCAGUAAAAAACCCGAGCAAAGGCCUAGUGUGAAAAGCAUACUGAGACAGCCGUACAUCAAGCAGCAAAUUGCGCUGUUUUUGGAAGCUACAAAGAUGAAGGCAGCCAAAAGUCAGAAGCAAAUGGCGGGUUCCAAACUUAAAGAUGCUGCUUCUGUGGUCCCAGUGAAGAAUGAAUCUCAUAACAAGAACGUUACACCCCCAAACAGCUCCUCUGAGCGAGGGAGGAAAUGCAGAGUUAAUGAGGAAGACUGUGCCAUCAAAUGUAAAGCCAGCAAGUUUUGUUCGUCAGAGGAACCAGCUGCUGAGCUGAAUACAAAACCAUGCAGUAAGGAUUUGAUCAAUCUGGGAGGCUCCCCAGCAACAAUUAGUGAAGUGAAUAUUGAUAUCUUACCAUGUGAAAAGAGAAACUUUGGAAGUGAAAAGAGUAGCAGUGAGCAUAUUCCAGAGAGUAAUAAGGCAAAGUAUGCAAAUGCUUCAGGGAAUUCUGAAAUAAUAUCCAGCAAUCCAUUGAUGAAAACUGAUGGACAUCAGAAAAAGACAAAUCAAGCUUUUAAGGGGGGAAGUGUUGAGUCUAAGCUCCCAUCUGCUGAUGCUGUGGAAGAUGAUGAUGACACUUUGAAACUCCUGCAGCCUGCAUCGAAAGACCAAAAGCAGACUGAUGUGGAUGUUGUCUGUCAUGGAGCUUCAGGGGAUGCUCAGGAAAAACUUACCUCUCAAUUGCAGCCUCGUGAUUCUGCUCAUGAGCCUUCUCUCUCACGGCAGCGAUGGCAGAAGAAAAGAGAGCUGGCUGAAGUCUGUUCAGAGAAGUUCAGAGCGGUUUCUCCUCAGCCUUUACCUUCUCCUACUGAUGUGAAUGUAAAGACAGCACAAAGCUGUGCAGAAGAGCAUAUUGCCAAAAUCUCCGCAGAUUCCAGUAGCACCAAAACCAGUCAAAAUGCCACUGUAAAGGAGCGGCCUUUGUCAGCAAGAGAACGAAGGCGGCUGAAGCAGUCUCGGGAAGAGAUGUUUCCCUCUGUGAUCCCAGCAAGACGAGCAGGAAGUAGUGCAGUAGUUGAAGGAAAAUCACGUACGGCAAAUCAUGUUAAAGUUGCUCAGUCUUCAUCAGAUCCCAGUAUUUCUCAGAAAAGCAGAGUAACCCACCGCCUGUCUGAUGAUGAGCUAAGCUCUUCCACAAGCUCUACAGAGAAGUCUGAUGGAGAUUCCAAGGAGAAAAAAAGCAGUAAGAGUGAAGUGAAUGAGCUGGUGCAGCUGAUGACUUGGACACUGAAAACAGACCCUACAGAGAACUCUGAGUGCUCUGUAACCUCAACCCCAGCCCCAGAGUUUAAACUUCAUAGGAAAUACCGAGACACAUUGAUUUUGCAUGGAAAAUCACCUGAGGAAUCAGAGGACUUCAAAUUCGAAGAGGUUCCUUCAGACAUGUUACCAGGUCCUGAGAAGAUGAGGAGAAUGGUUGAAGUCCUGAGAUCUGAUGUGGUGCGAGGAUUGGGAGUGAAACUUCUGGAGAGGGUGUACAGCAUUAUGGAGGAGGAAGAUGAAGAGAAGAGAGAGCUGCAGCUGCGGGAGCAGAUGGGAGACAAGUACGUGAGUUACGGUGUGAAGGUCCGGCACCUGAAAUUCCUGGAGGAGAACGCGCAGUUCUGAGCAGAACCUUGUCCUGAGCAGAGGACGGAGCUUCCUGUCCCAUUGGAUGGAUCGGAUCAGCUUCAAGGGGGUGUUUCUCACCGACCUUUGCUGGAUAAACCUGCAGAAAUCCUUGUACUUUGUAGUAGCAUUUUUUAUGUCUUUCAUAAGAGACACUUGGUUUAGUUUUUAUUCUCUUAAUGAAAUGUGAGCUGUUCCAUAGGGCUGCACGCUGAGCUUUGUAUAAAACAGUGUCCAAAAAACAA